AAUUUCCGUAACAUCGAGAAACAAAUGAUGUGUGCUGAUUGUACUACUUGCGUCAGUCUCUUCCGAUUAGUUCGAAAGUUGCAGCGAAGAAGAAGCAGAGUUGAGGGAGAAGAAAAGACCAUUUACAGAUGCAUUUUUCUGUUCCCUUGGAGUUUCACAAUCAGCUCUAAUGGCGGCCACCAAAAUUUUUCAUUUCUCUCUACCCACCAAAUCUAACCCUUCAACUCCGCCGUUUAAGACUUCUUACACCCUCAUUUCCUCCCCACAUUCCAGGCCUGUCAAAAGCAUCCGUUGUCUGUCUAUUCACCGAUCAGACGACGAUGACCCCUCUACAUCAAACAGCACGAUUAACUCCCUGAGAGUCGUCUUCGCCGCCGGAGGCACUGGUGGUCGCGUUUAUCCCGCCGUCGCCAUUGCCGAUGAGCUCCUAAUUGCUUACCCCACAGCGCAGAUCCUCUUUUUAGGAACACCCAACAGCACGGAAAGCGCCGCCGUCCCCUCCGCCGGGUACGAGUUCGACACAGUUCCGGCCACCCAGUUAGCUCGCCCUCUUAUAUCUCCCCAAAACCUUCUCCUCCCUUUACAUCUGAUCAAAUCCGUGGUUGCGAGUUACAAAAAACUCAUCGAUUUCAAACCCCACAUUGUCAUUGGCACAGGUGGGAACGUCUCGUUCCCGAUUUGUCUCGCUGCAAGGCUGAUCAAUGGCGUCAAGCUCGCAAUCCAAGAACAGAACUCGGUUCCAGGAUUUGCGAAUUGGGUUCUUUCCCAUUUUGCAGAUGUGGUGUUUGUUGUAUUGAACUCCACAGUCGAGUGCUUUCCAAGGAAGAAGAAAUGCUUGGUUUGUGGGAAUCCGGUGAGGUCGGCGUUGAGGCAGUACGUGCCCAAGGCUGUGGCACGUUUGCAUUUCUUUCCAAGAUCAGGGAAGGGUGAGGAUUUGGAGGCUAAGGUGUUGCUUAUUCUUGGAGGGUCUUUGGGUGCAAAUGCCAUUAAUAUUGCCAUGUUGAAUCUGUAUUAUCAGAUGUUGUUGGAGAACAAGAGUUUGUAUAUUAUAUGGCAGACUGGUGUGAAGACAUUUGAUGAGAUGGACAGCCUUGUGAAGAACCAUCCCCAUCUGCAUUUAACGCCGUUCAUGCAUUCUCUGCAUUUGGCUUAUGCAGCUGCAGAUGUCGUUGUUUCUAGAGCAGGGGCCAUGACUUGCUCUGAGAUCCUAGCAACUGGAAAGCCUUCUAUACUGAUACCAUCACCAUAUGAAGAUGAAGGACAUCAGUUUAAAAAUGCUUCAAUAAUGGCUGACAUGGCUGGUUCAACGGUCAUUAAUGAAGAUGAACUAGAUUCGACAACCCUUGCAAUUGCAAUUCAUGAGAUAUUAGGUGAUGAGAGUAAAAUGGCAGAUCUAUCUGAGAGAGCAUUGCGAGCAUCAAAACCAAAUGCCUCUAUUGAAAUUGUUCAACACAUUGGAAGCUUAAUAAACUUGUCAACUACGAAGGCCAAGCAGCAAUGAUACAAUAAUGGCAAAUGAGAGAAUUUUCUGAAUUACAGGAUUCUUUAAAGUCUAGUUUGAUAACCUGUUUGUUUUUAGUUUUUUUUCCCUUUCUUUUCAAGGCAAUUUUCUAGCAGAUGUUUCACUUCCACUGGCCAAACUCUUGGUUUAAUGAUAUCAAUCUUUAAAAAAUAAAAGCCCACUUUUGCUUUGCAUAUA